UCUCUGUCUCUCUCUCCCCCUCUCUCUCGCUCUGUCUCUCUCUCCCUCUCUGUCUGUCUCUCUCUCUCUUCUCUGAACUGGUCUGUUGGCAUGCGACUAGAGUGACGGAGAGAGACCAGUUUAAAGAAUGUCGUCCGCCCGGUCCCGCCUUCACACGGCUCCUCUGAUUGGCUGCCAGUCCCACCCCUGAUUGGUGUUGAGCUUCCAGUCCAAAAUUAAGAAGGUGAAGACUGGAGCAGUCCGUCUGUCCACCUGCCUGUCUGUCCACCUGCCUGUCGACCCGUCGUCUGUCUGACCUGUUUGUUGGAGUGGGUUAGGACCUGGAGUCAUGGGCCAGCUGCUGACCCGGUCCGCCCCCAUACACCCCCCCCAGGUGGUCUUGGUGGGUCUGGACUCUUCAGGGAAGUCGACUCUAUUGACCCGCCUCCUCACAGGAGAGCUGAUGGAGACGUCCCCCACGGUGGGCUUCAACGUGGGGACGCUGGAGCUGGACCAGAAGGACGCCAUGACCCUCUGGGACCUGGGGGGCAGCCCUAUGAGGACCCACUGGAGGCAGUACCUGGACGGCUGCAGGGCGCUGGUCUUCGUGGUGGACAGCAGCGACCCCGGCCGCAUGCCAGAGGCGCGGGCGGCCUUGAGACGGCUGCUGUCUGAGGAGCAGCUCAACGGCGUCCCUCUGAUGGUGCUGGCCAACAAGAAGGACCUGGACGGCACGCUGACCAUCCGAGAGGUGUCCCGGUGUCUAGAGCUGGACUCGUACCUGGACCGGAGCUGGGAGAUCCAGAGCUGCAGCGGGCGGCAGGGGCUCGGGCUCCAACAGGCGUUCAUCUCUGUGGCCAGGCUCAUCAAGAAGAGCUAGGAGAAGGAGGAGAGGAGAGGAGGAGGAGGAGGAGGAGGAGAGGAGAGGGGGAGGAGGAGGAUGAGGAGAGGGGAGGAGGAGGUGAGGAGAGGAGAGGAGGAGGAGAGGAGAGGAGGAGGAGGAGGAGUAGAGGAGAGGAGGAGAAAAGAGGAGAAGGUGGAGGAGGAGAGAGAAGGAGCAGGAGGAGAGAGGAGGUUCCAGGUGUGAAGAGGAGGCAGACAUUGAUGUGACGUAUUCUUGGGUCUGUUUGUAUAUAUCUGAUUCCUGAUUUGACAACCAAAAUAAAGGACAUCCUGUCUUCUG